CCGCUCCUGUUCCUGGCUCACCGCUGUUCGCUCUCUUCGGGGAACAAGUCGGUCAGGAAGCCGCGCCGCAGCCAUGGCUUUUAAGGACACCGGAAAGACUCCUGUGGAACCGGAGGUGGCCAUUCACCGAAUUAGGAUUACCGUAACCAGCCGCAACGUAAAAUCCCUGGAGAAGGUGUGUGCCGACUUGAUCAGAGGCGCAAAGGAGAAGAACCUGAAGGUGAAGGGACCGGUCAGGAUGCCUACCAAGACUCCGAGAAUCACUACAAGGAAGACUCCUUGUGGGGAAGGUUCCAGGACCUGGGAUCGUUUCCAGAUGUGGAUCCACAAGCGACUCAUUGACUUACACAGUCCUUCUGAGAUUGUCAAGCAGAUCACCUCCCUCAGCAUUGAGCCUGGGGUAGAGGUUGAAGUCACCACUGUAGAUGUCUAA